AUGGCUAGUGGAAGUGGAAGUGGAAGUGGAGGUGGAGGUGGAGGUGGAGGUGGAGGUGGAGGUGGAGGUAGAGGUGGAGAUGGAGGUGGUGAGAGUGGCACAUUCAGCCGAGAUUUAGCUUGGAAGUAUUGUUCACCAUUAGAGGGAAACCGAAAUGGGACAAUUUUGCCACCCGAAGUGAAAGAAGAGAUAGGAGAGAUGUUACAUGAAAAAAGUAAAGCAAAAGCAAAGAAAACUGCAGAUAUUGAAGAGAUCAGGGAUCAAUUACGUGGCACUAUGGGGGCUAAGCAUACACAUGUCAUGGACGAGGAUGAUGAUGAAGAUGAAGAAGUGUACAUGUAUCCAGCAAAUAUGGACCUGGAUAAGCGGGAUGCUUAUCGAGAAGUGGUCCGUGCAUCGAAGGCAACAAAAUGGGAGUGA